AUUUUGUUUGAAGAGGAAAGGAAAUGGUGCAGUGAGAUAUUUCAGGAAAAACUAUAUUUAAAAUAACAUAUAUUGCUUUGGCGGUUAUUAUUAUAUUUUUCGGAUUCUUUUCACUUAUAUCCUUAGGAGGAGGUCCUAUUGCGUAUAUGUUCAGAGUGUAUAGUUUGAUUUUUGGGCUCUUGUUAUUCUUGUCGGAAUUCAAACUGGAUUUCAUUAAAAAGUAUUUCUACUUUCUCAGGAACACUCUUGGCAAGGGAUGCUUCUGCCUGCUGAUGGCAACUACACUACUCAGCAGUGAGACUUGGGGACUAGGCCUUGCAAUCGCCUAUACAGUUUUUGGUAUCUGUUUCAUUAUCUUUUCCUUCUUUGAAAAGAAAGAUGAUGAUUCGAUCUACAAGGAAGCUCAAACUCAGGAGCCUACUAGGAGAAGUAUUUUCUAGCUCAUAAUUGCUAAAUUUCAACCUUGAC